AUGGCAUACUCUACCUUUAGAAAUAGUCGUAUCCAGAUAAUACUUUUAAUAUUAUCUUUAUAUUAUUGUCGAGCCACGGUUGAUGUAUCAUCAGACGCUUUCAUUAAAGGUCAUAUGAAACCAUUAGGAUCUCAUCGAGAACCUUUGGCCGUAGAGGAGUUAACUUCUAUUCCUAAUCCAAAAACAUUUUAUGAUCUUUAUACUAAGCCUGGUAAACCUGUAAUUCUUCGUAAUGCAGCCAAAGCGAUUCCAGCUUUCAGUUUAUGGACUGAUGAAUAUCUAAGCGAGAAAUUCGGUAAUGUUCAAGUUCUAGUCGAAGAAGGUAAAAAAGAGAAUAGAUCGAAAGGGAAUUUUAUGACUUCUCUAAAAGAGUUUGUUAGCUCAUAUAAAACUGAAGAUUUAUAUGUUGUUCAUACGAUCCCGAAAGAAAUGCGAGAGGAUAUUAGAAUGUUACCCUGCGUUUCUUGUGGUGGAUUUGCAGAGAGACUGCUUGAUAUUGUCAUGUGGUUUAGCAGUGGUGGUACCAAAUCAGUUCUUCAUAACGAUGGAUCAGAAAAUUUAAACUGCUUGUUCCGUGGUUCUAAAGAACUCAUUAUGAUUAAUAAGAAUGUCAACUACAAUGCUCUCUUUGAUAAUAGCGGCUUUAGUAAUAUGGAUGUUGACAAGGUUGACCUUAAGAAAUAUUCAGAUCUAAUGCACAUGGAUUUGUAUAAAGCUAAGAUAUCGGCCGGUGAUUGCAUUUUUAUCCCUCAAUUUUGGCUACAUCAAGUCCGAUCUUUCGAUAGUAAUUUAGCAGUGAAUACGUGGUGGGCUCAACUAUUUAAAUUUAAUGAAACUAGUUGUCAGCAAAACAAAGGUGAUACCUACUUAAACCCUGCUAAAUAUGAAUUCGCAACUUAUGAAGUAUUAAGCUUUCGUAUGGCUCAGUGCAUAAUAAUUUAUAUUGAACGUAGAAAUCAAAUCCUUGGUGUCAUGUCAAAACAUAAAAAGGCUACAAAGCAGGGAUUUAAGAAGAUAUUGAAACGAUCAGACGUCGGUCCAAUCCAAUUUUCUGUUGUCUUCUCAGCUUUUGAUUCCAACAAAGAUGACGCAAUAUCGUUCGAUGAGGUACAAGAGCUGCCUUAUGAGCAACUUUCAAAAUUAUUUCCAAAUUGGCAAUACGAGCCCGAAGGAGAAGAAGAAGAAAUGGAACCUCAGCGUGACGAGUUAUAA